AAAUUGGUUUAUACUAGCUCGUAAAAACGAUUUUGGAUAUUGAUAGCAUUGCCGCGUUGUGUAAUGUUAACGCUACAUAACAAGGCAAAUGGAGAGUCGUACAUGGUCCUUCUGUGUACCUGUAUAUCCAAUAAAUUUUAAACAAAUGACACAGUGUCUUCUUCAGUAUGUUACUUCUCAUAUUAACAAAUUCAUUCCUGACCUACAGGGAGUUCUUGUGGAUUUUGAUGCGAAAACUUUGCAGAUUAUGACUGAAAUAGAUCAUUCCGACUCUAAUAUUCCUACUGGCCUUGUUUGUGGUCUCUUUCUUCUAAAUCCUGAAUUAAAUCACCUUCGUGUACAUGCAAAGUUAAACGUUAAUGUUUUUCGACCAAACUUGGGUCUAGAGGUGGACGCUAUCGUUUCAAUGGUUAAACCACAAUUUAUUCUUUGUCGAACAGAAAUUUCCAAUGUAAUGAUUAGUCUCCCACGUUUAUCUUCUAAAUUAAUAAAAAAGGAAGAAGAACAAGAUUUUAGUCCAUCUAUGUUAAAGCCUUUCGAUAGAAUAAAAGUAAAGCUAACUCAAGUUAAUCACAAUUUCGGAUCAUCAGUUCUACAAGGUGAAUUUAUUAGAUGCCUUUCUCAACCAUUAUCGAAGUACUCUAAAAAACACGGAAAUCGUUACGAAAAGUCUACUAUUGCUGAAUCAGUUGAUGUGAAACCAGUAAUUAAAAAGUUGGAUGUUGAUGGAAGCUUUGAAAAUAACAAUACAUCAAUUGAUGGAAAUUCUUCUGAUCCAAUCAACAAUGUGGAUAGUUCAUGUGACUCUGUAACACCGAAAUCAAAAAAGCGUAAAAUUUCAAAAGUUGAAGCCCCAUCACCAGGAGCUUUUGAAACACCAGAAUCUAAAUGUUUUGUAAAACGUAAUAGUUCUGAUUCUGAAAUUACUACUCCUGCUUUGUUAAGCAAAGCCUUGUUGAAAUGUGGACAGAGCUAUCAAUCGAAGCAAAGGCAUUCUUCCCCCCCGAAUGUCAAACAGGAACCAACUUAGUUAUUUGUUAAAAAGGAAAUGUUAAGCAUAUAUAUAUAUAUAUAUAUAUA